AUGGCACGCAUUGCGAUAGAAAAGUUGAUAGUUGAACAUCCUCAAAAAGUUCUUGUUCUCGAUGGUGGACAAGGAACAGAAUUGGAGAAUAGAGGCAUUAACAUAAAUAGUCCGGUAUGGUCUGCGGCGCCUUUCAUUAGCGAUUCUUUUUGGGAGAAAACUUCUUCUGACCGAACCUUGGUCGAGGAAAUGUAUAGAGACUUUAUGGAUGCUGGUGCAAAUGUGUUAAUGACAGUCACUUACCAGGCAAAUUUUCAAAGUAUUUCUGAAAAUACUUCGAUCAAAACCCUUUUGGACUACAACCGCUUUCUCGACAGAGUUGUGUCAUUUACGCGCAGAGUUAUUGGUGAGGACAGGUACUUAAUUGGAAGUAUUGGCCCAUGGGCGGCCCACGUCUCCAGUGAGUAUACUGGUGACUAUGGCCCACACCCAGAAGAUAUUGAUUACCUCCAACACUUCAAAGCCCAGCUGGACAAUUUCAACAAGCAUGCAGAUAUCGAUCUUAUUGGUUUCGAAACGGUUCCUAAUUUCCAUGAGCUAAAGGCUAUUUUAUCUUGGGAUGAGAACAUUAUCUCAAAACCCUUCUACGUCGGGUUAUCAGUGCACGAUAAUGGUUUGCUGCGAGAUGGUACCACUAUGGAAGAAAUUGCAGCCUACGUAAAAAGUCUUGGAAGAAAAAUCAAUAAACAUUUUUUGUUGCUGGGAGUUAACUGUAUUAGUUUCAACCAGUCUGCAUCCAUUCUAAAAUCUCUGCAUCAGGUUUUACCUGACAUGCCACUAUUAGCUUAUCCAAAUAGUGGAGAAAUUUAUGAUACUAAGACAAAGACAUGGCAUCAGGUAAAUGGUAAGCUAAAUGGCUGGGACGUGGUAGUGGAGGAAUUCAUAGAUAACGGUGCGCGCAUUAUUGGCGGUUGUUGUAGAACAUCUGCUAAAGAUAUCUCUGAAAUUGCAUCUGCUGUAGAUAGACACUCCUAA